UUUAAUAGAAAGUUUCUGAAAUGUUGAGCCAACACCUUAAUUUUAACACGUGAUUCGGUUCACCGAGCGGAAGUUGUGCUACAGCGGAAGUUGUAAUACAAUAUGGACGAAGCACGAUUCAAAUAUGACGUUAAACAAAUAUAACGUUAAACGUGCUCUAUGAUUUUGAAAUAUAUUUGUAAUAAAAAUUGUAUAUUUGUAUAUUAAAACACCAUGAAGUUUGCUUAUAAGUUCAGUAAUCUGCUGGGCACAGUUUAUAGUAAAGGGAAUUUAAUAUUUUCUCAAGAUGGAUCUUCGGUUAUUAGUCCAGUGGGAAAUCGGAUAACAAUAUAUGACUUAAAAAAUAAUAAGUCUCAAACAUUAUCUGUGGAGAGUCGAUUUAAUUAUACAAGCAUAGAUUUAUCACCCAAUGGAGCAUUACUAAUUGCAAUUAAUGAAGUGGGUGAUGUUCAUGUAAUUACCAUGAUUAGUAAAAUGGUAAUUCAUAAAUAUAGAUUUAAUACAAAAGUGAGAUGUGUAAAAUUUUCUCCAGAUGGUAAACAUUUUGCAGUGUGUAAAGAAAGUAAUGUAUUUGUUUUUAAUGCACCUGGCUUGCAAACAGCUGAAUAUAAUCCAUUUAUUAUGGAACAUGCAUUUCAUGCAGCUACGGAUGACACAACUUUUAUUAAUUGGUCUUAUGAUUCAAAGUUAUUAGCUGUUGGUUCUAAAGAUAUGGCUACAAGAAUUUACAGCUUAGAAAAGUAUGUAAACUUCAGAUAUAUUACUCUUGGUGGCCAUACUAAUGGAAUUGUAUCAUGCUUUUUUGAAAAAAGAAAUUAUGAUUUAAUUACAAUUAGCAGAAAUGGACAAUUGUGUAUUUGGGAGUGUACAAUUGAUCCAGAAGAUUUAAUACCAUCCAACAUACCUCCAAUUAAAAGAGACAAAAAAACAGAUAGUGACGAAGAAGAUGAUGUUAAUAUUGAGAAAGCUAUAGAGAAAACAGACAAACAGAUUAAAGCUCAUGAACGUAAUUUAUUGAGAUCAGGAGAUUCAACUGAAUCAAUUGUAAAAGAUUCUAAAAAUAAGACAAAAGCUAAACAAUUACUUUAUACUAAAUUGAGUCGUCAUUAUCUAGCUAAUGUAGUUCAAAACAAAAAUAAAGUAAAUUUAAUAUUAACUGCAGCUGCAUAUCAUCAACAGACUAAUAUCCUAGUAGUAGGAUUCAGUAUUGGUGCAUUUUAUUUAUAUGAAAUGCCUGAUGUAAAUAUGAUACAUUCUCUAAGUAUAUCGGACCAAUAUAUUACAUCGAUUGCCAUAAAUUCAACUGGUGACUGGAUAGCCUUAGGAUGUUCUACAGCUGGUCAAUUAUUAGUAUGGGAAUGGCAAAGUGAAACUUAUGCCAUGAAGCAACAAAGCCACAGUAGUAAUAUAAACUGUUUGGCAUACAGUCCUGAUGGCCAAUACAUUAUUACCGGAGGUGAUGACGGGAAAGUUAAAUUAUGGAACACUAUGAAUGGAUUUUGUUCUAUUACAUUUCAAGAACAUACAUCUACGAUAACAGGAGUAAUAUUUAGUCAUAAUAGAAAAUUUAUUGUUUCUGCAUCACUUGAUGGAACUGUUAGAGCAUAUGAUUUAGCGAGGUACAGAAAUUUUCGAACUCUUACCUCUCCGCGACCCGUACAGUUUUCCUGCGUUGCUUUAGAUUCAAGUGACGAGUUUCUUGCAGCCGGAGGCCAAGACUUUUUUGAAAUUUAUUUGUGGAGCGUCAAACUAGGAAAACUUUUGGAGAUAUUAAGUGGACACGAAGGUCCAAUCGCCAGUUUGGCAUUUAAUCCAAGUGUUACAAGCACGGAAUUGGUAUCCGUAUCUUGGGACAAAACACUGAAAAUAUGGAAUGCAAUUGAAAGUGGUUCUUCACAUGAAACGAUACAGUUAACUGCUGAUGGUUUAUAUGUUACAUAUAAACCAAACGGUGAAGAAGUAGCAGUUGCCACUUUGGAUGGGCAAAUUUCAUUUUUUCAUUGUAAAACGGCGGUACAAAUUGGUAGUAUUGAAGGAAGAAAUGAUCUAGGCAGUGGAAGGUGUGAUACUGAUCUUAUUACAGCUAAGCGAAGUCUUAUGGGCAAGGCGUUUACUGUUCUUUGUUAUUCAGCUGAUGGUACGUGCAUAUUAGCUGGGGGUCAUUCUAAAAAUAUAUGCAUUUAUAAUGUACAAGAAUUUAUACUUAUAAAAAAGUUUGUUGUAACACAGAAUAGAUCACUAGAUGGAGUUAAUGAUUUUAUAAAUAAACGAAAUUUAACAGAAUUUGGAAACAUGGCAUUAGUGGAAAAACGAGGAGAAAAUGUAAAGUUACAAUUACCAGGCGUUAGAAGUGGAGAUAUGGCGAGCAGAAAUAUAAAACCAGAAAUUAGAGUAUAUAGUUUACAGUUUUCUCCAACAGGACAAGAGUGGGCUGCGGCAACGACGGAAGGAUUAUUAUUAUAUUCGUUAGAUGUUGCAUUGGUAUUUGAUCCAUUUGAAUUGGAAUUAGGAAUUACACCAGAAGCUGUGAAAAAAACUUUGAGUCAAAUGGAAUACGCAAAAGCAUUAAUGAUGGCUCUGAAGCUGAAUGAAAAAUUAUUAAUAAAACGCGUUAUAGAAAAUAUUCCGUGCUCAGAUAUUAAUUUAACAGUAAUGGUUUUAUCCAAUAUCUAUGUCGAGAAAGUUUUAAAAUUCAUAGCAACGGAAUUGGAAUUUACUAGGCAUAUACAUUUUUAUCUUCUUUGGAUAGAAAUGAUAUUGACUAAUCACGGACCAAGAAUAAAUACAGCUCUUCAAAUGCCGAUAUUGCUAAUGUUACAGAAAAAUAUGCAAAAGAAAUACGAUGAUUUGAGUAAACUAUGUGAUUUCAAUCAGUAUACAAUGAGUUAUUUGAAAAAAGUUGGUGCUUAUAAAGCCAAAAAAGCUGUUACCAAUAACAAUUUAAUGGAAACUGACGAGGAAUCUGAAAAAUCUUUGCUAGAAGAAAUUGAAAUUGAUUAAAAAGUUUUAAUGAUAAGAUUGAAUAAUAAAGAAAUAGAUUACCAUUCACAUAAAUAUUUUAUGAAUACAAUCAUAGAACUAUUUCAUACACGUGUACAUAUUAUUUAUAAGUUUUAUAGUAAUCUUAAAUAAAUUCAUCUAGUAUCUUA